AAUAAAUAAAAGUAGCGGUGCAAUUGAAGCCAAAAGAAAUGAAAGAUGACGACGCCAUUUAUCCACAUCACUAAUUCUUCAAAUUAAAUUAGAUUGAAAAAAAAGAGGUGGUUUAAUGGCGGCCGUAGAUUUCUUCCACUUCCCAAACCCCCAAAAUCCUCUCCCAAUUUCCUUUUCCUUUCUCCACACCUUAUGAAUGGGAAAUGAAUCCCCGCCGCUCCGUCGCGAAUGGACCUUCUCCCUCGCCUCCGUCGUCUCCUCCUCCUCCCUCAUUGGCCCCGUUUCCGACACUCUCGGCGUCGUCGAAUUCGACCCUUCUGAUUCCCUCAUCGCCACUGCCGGAAUCGCUAGAAAAAUCCGUGGCUACUCUCUUUCUAAUCUCUUGCCCAAUGACGGUACUGUUGCUAUGUUGGACCAUACUCGUGCUUCUGAAUUUUGUAUCUGUACUCCGGCCAAGCUCAGUAGUCUCCGGUGGAAGCCUGGUGCCGGCGGACGGAUCUUGGCCUCCGGUGACUAUGAUGGGGUUGUCAUGGAGUAUGAUCUUGAAAAGAAAGUCCCGGUUUUUGAACGGGAUGAACACGGCGGACGGCGCGUGUGGAGUUUGGAUUACUCUACGGUGGAACCAAUGGUGGGCGCGUCGGGGUCGGAUGAUGGUACGGUGCAAGUGUGGGACACGCGCUGUGACGGUGUGGAUUGUGUGGCGGUGGUGCAGCCGAGUAUGGUACGGAGUCCGGUUUGUUGCGUGGAGUUUAAUCCCUACGGCGGCGCGUUGGUGGUAGUCGGGUGUGCAGACAGGAAAGCGUAUGGGUACGACCGGCGGAAAAUGACGGAGGCGGUUAUGGUGUUUGAGGGGCACGCGAAAACGGUGACGUAUGUGAAGUUCCUGGACGGGGGGACCAUAGUGUCUGCGAGUACGGAUGGGAGUUUGAAGAUGUGGAAGGCGGAGGAGGGGGGAGAUGGGGGUGGAGGUGCACGUGUGGUGCGCACGUACGAGGGGCACGUGAAUGGGAGGAGCUUCGUCGGGUUAUCGGUGUGGAGGAAUGGGGGUUUAAUCGGGUGCGGGUCGGAGGAUAAGAGGGUGUUUGUGUAUGAUAAGAGGUGGGGGGAGGCGGUGUGGGUGGAGGAGUUUGAUCGGGUCGGGUCGGGUUAUGGGUUGGUGAGUAGUGUGUGUUGGAGGCAAGUGGGGGAGGAUGAAUGUACGUUGGUGGCUGGCGGGUCGGACGGUGUUUUGAAAGUUUUUGUGGGAGAGAAGACGAGGUCGUUUUGAUUCAUUAUAUCUCACACAUUCAAAUCUAACCCCACCACACAUUACUUACCACUGGUUAGGACUUUUCUUUUUUUU